AUGUGGCCAACAACCCUGUCUUCACAACCUACAACCCAGACGGUUAGAGCUAGAAGGAGAUACAUUGAAAGGAAACGCGAGGAGGGUCAUGAUAUUAUUUUCGAGCAGUACUUUGCUGAAGAUCCAAUCUAUCCUCCAGAUUUUUUCCGAACAAGGUAUCGCAUGCGAAAACCUUUGUUCGAAAAAAUAAUGAACAAGCUCGUCGAGACCGACAACUUUUUUAUGCAAAAGCGUGAUGCUACUGGUCGGCUUGGUAUGUCUGCCAUUCAGAAAUGUACAGCAGCGAUGAGGGUGUUGGCCUACGGGACGGCGGCCGACUUGCACGACGAAUAUUUGAGAAUGAGCGCACAACUCAUUCGCAAAUCUCUCAUCAAGUUCGUUGAAGGUGUAAUUUCUAACUUCGGCGAUGAGUACUUGCGAAAGCCCACCGAAGAAGACUUGGCAAGACUUCUGCAUAUUGGAGAACAACGUGGGUUUCCAGGCAUGUUGGGUAGUAUUGACUGCAUGCAUUGGGAAUGGAAAAAUUGUCCUACUUCAUGGGCUGGACAAUAUGCUGGAAGAAGCGGGAGUUCGAGAAAUGAUAUUAAUGUCCUUGAUCAAUCUCCUGUUUUUGAUGAUAUUUUGGAAGGUCGAGCACCGAAGGUCAAUUACAUAGUAAAUGGCCACGAAAAAAAUAUGGGGUAUUAUCUUACUGAUGGCAUAUAUCCUCAAUGGGCGGCAUUUGUCAAAUCUAUUCCAGGUCCACAAACGAUGAAGCACAAGUUGUUUGCUCGACAUCAAGAGUCCGCGCGAAAAGAUGUUGAGCGAGCUUUUGGUGUUUUGCAAGCUCGUUUUGCUUUUAUCAAAUGCCCAUGUCUUAUUUGGGAUCGUGAUAUUAUGGGGAAAAUAAUGAUUGCUUGCAUAAUCUUGCAUAAUAUGAUAGUGGAAGAUGAAAGAAGCACGUAUUCAAACUAUUGUGAUCCAGCCGAAUUUAUUCAAGAUCGACUUGGACGAAGUAGUCGUGAGAAUGAAGGUGGAGAUGCGAAUAAUGAUUUCAUAUAUUCUACGAAUAGGAUCGCGAGUCUAGCUUCUUACAUGAAAAAUAAAGCCCAACUUCAAAACAGAGAAGCUCACAAAGCUCUGCUAAACGAUUUGGUUGAGCAUAUAUCGACGAAAUUCGGCAAUUCCAAUUGA